AGAAUUUUUCCCAGUUACAAAAAGAUUGCAAAAACCCCUGUCUUGGUUAUGCCAACUUCUAUUGCUAAAGCUCUAAGGUAUUAUAAGGGCAAGCAAAACAAGCCUGAUAAAGCCAAUAACAUUCUAGUUCGCCACCACGGUUCUAGUACUUCAAGUAGUACCUAAUCCCCUAUACACCUAUAUUUAUUCAAGGUACAUAACUGUUAAAAUUAGUUAAAGAUUAAAUUGUAUGCUUUAAAAAUAUCAGCACUUAGGGCUUAUUAAUUAUAUCGCCACCAAUGAUCCCCAUUCAAACUGGAGGGUCACUGCUGCAACAGGUUCUUAAAAAAGAGCGGAGUGAACUUUGCUAAGAAGGAUCAAGCCAAAGGAUCGUCACUUAAAUCAUAGAGGGGAAAAAAGUGACUUUCAAGCACUGGCCCCAAGGGAAAGAAAGAGAGAAAGAUAAAACAAACAGCUAGAUAUACUGAAGCCAAUUAACGACAUGUACAGCCUGGCAGAGUCAGGAAAACAUGGGGGAGAGCCUAGUAAAUAGAAAAAUAUGAUAUACAGACCAUGAAAAGUGAGCUGCUGAUGUGUUUUUGGCAUGGAAAAAGGCACCACUGAACACCGUUCUUCCAACUCAGCAUCUCAAAACACAUGAGAGACCUUCCCACAGACUUCUGCUUGAUGCCACUUUGUGAACUUGGGGGAAAAGAACUUCACACAAAAUGGAGAUUACGACUUCAGGAAGUGAAAGAUCGCGCUUCAGGCUUAAAACCUUUUCAUUGAUCCACGAACCAUUACCAGGUUACUUUCCUGUGUCAAACUGUCAGGACUGAAAAAUAACAUGCUGCCUCAGUGGGACAAAGCGAUGCUAAUGGUAAGAAGGUUUUUUAUUCACCCGGCUGAAUAGAAGAGUUCCAGGAACAAUGGCUUCAAAAGUCUCAUGCUUGUAUGUCCUCACAGUAGUUUGUUGGGCAAGUGCUCUUUGGUACUUAAGCAUUACGCGUCCCACUUCAUCUUACACUGUUCACAGAACUUACGACAGCACUUCAAUGGCUAGGAAAAAUGUCUCUUUUGGCAACAUAAGGACUCGACCAAUCAAUCCCCAUUCAUUUGAUUUCCUCAUAAAUGAACCUGCGAAGUGUGAGAACAAUGCCCCCUUUCUCAUUAUUCUCAUCAGCACAACUCACAAAGAAUUUGACGCAAGACAAGCAAUUCGAGAAACGUGGGGAGAUGAGAACAACUUCAAAGGUAUCAAGAUCUCCACCCUCUUUCUUCUGGGGAAAAACACGGACUCUGUGUUAAAUCAGAUGGUCGAGCAAGAAAGUCAAAUUUUCCACGACAUUAUUGUGGAGGACUUCAUAGACUCCUAUCAUAAUCUGACUCUGAAAACCUUAAUGGGAAUGAGGUGGGUGGCCACAUUUUGUUCAAAAGCCAAGUACGUCAUGAAAACCGACAGCGAUAUUUUUGUAAAUAUGGACAACCUUAUUUACAAAUUGCUAAAACCCAAUACCAAACCAAGACGGAGGUACUUCACUGGUUAUGUCAUCAAUGGCGGUCCGAUAAGGGAUGUCCGUAGUAAAUGGUACAUGCCUCGGGAUUUGUAUCCAGAGAGUAACUACCCGCCAUUUUGUUCGGGCACUGGCUAUAUUUUUUCAGCAGAUGUAGCAGAGAUGAUUUACAAAACCUCCCUCCAUACUAGACUUCUUCAUCUUGAAGAUGUGUAUGUGGGACUCUGCCUGCGGAAGCUUGGUAUUCAUCCGUUCCAAAACAGUGGCUUCAAUCACUGGAAAAUGGCCUACAGUCUGUGCAGAUAUCGACGUGUUAUCACAGUGCAUCAGAUAUCUCCGGAAGAAAUGCACAGAAUUUGGAAUGACAUGUCAAGCAAAAAGCAUCUCAGAUGUUAGACUUUUUACAAAUGUAAAUACUUUUUUUCCCACUUGAGCAGAGAGCAAUCUGGUGGUAUAUUAUAAUAGGAAACUGGGAUAGUAACUCCCAGAAGGGAGGGUCCUUCGAUAUGUUUCAUUUAGUUAUUCUUUACAACUUUUGGUUUUAUAAGGUGCAGGUUCCAUUCAUAAUGGUCUUGUUUCUGGAAAUCAGAAAUGGUAGAAUGACAUCUGGCUCCUUCAGUCUUGCAACUGUAUACGUAAGUGGACAGCUGUAUAUCUGUUCUACUACAAAUCUGUAAUAGGACCCAUAAGGUACGACAAGAGUAUACAAUAUGACGUCUUUGGGGCUCUUUCAUGUAACCUGCUGGUUCUUGAUGAAGUGGUGAUAAUCCCAGGUAUUUAAACAAAACCUCAUGCAAACUGGUUAAUUGAAACAUGCAUUUCAUUAUGUUCUUGUGUUCCAAAUUAUGCUCCAUUUUUUUCCUCACCAGAGAUCAGUUUUGAAUAGAAACUUUACAGCUAGCUCAGAUAAAAUGUAAUUAUGUGAUCAUUUCAGAUUUAGUGCAGGAUUCCAAAGAUUUAAAUUGAAGCCACCUGAAGGCCAAAAGACUUCAAAAUAUGAUUAAAGGAAAUUUAUUUUAAAAAAAAUUGUGCAAGAAUACCAGUAAGAGAACAUGAGCAGUGAGAAAUAAAAUAAUACAACCUAGCUCAGAAAGGACUAACUAUGAAGAAAAAUAACAUUGGUUCCAAAGGCAAGAUUCAAAACAAGACUUUACCGAUUCCAGCAGAAUCCUUCAGCUUCACAAAGACCACUCUAUCUAGAGCAAAGUCCCAAGAUGUCAUGGAACCAUAAGCAUGGUAGUCAAGGUCCAGAAUGAUGAACUGAGGAACCAUAGCAAAGAUACCAAGAAGCACACUUUGCUAGGCAGAAUAGCCAGACUUUAUGGGCAGAAGAUUUGAUCAAUCAAAUCCAUGCCUGGUGAUCUAAGACAGUCACAGAACCCUGGUGCUGACCGUGUAACCUUAAGGGUCAGGAUGAGAUACCGAGGUGGGAUUUAUUCUGCUGCCAUAAACUCUCCCUUGUCAUCGUGACACAGCAAUAACUUCACCAGCUUAAUUAAUUCGAAUCUUGUGACCUUGGUAAUCUAGAGAGUCAAGCUAGAGACCCUAUUUUACUCCCAGCACCUGACUCCUUAUCAUUUCUAAAGGUCAGAGUUCUUUUAUAUUGCAAGCACACAGCACAGUUGAAUUCCGCUUUAUUAUUUUAUAGUAGGCCUUAAGCCUGAACCAGUAUUUGUAAGGACAAGAAACUGUAUGGUGGAACUCAGUUUCUUGAUAGCUUCAAAAUGCCUUUGUCAAAAUACAAAACAAAAAGAAUGUGCCAAAUACAUUUAAAUUGGGUUGGACCCUGCGAAUUCAGACGAUUGCUCUGCUGCUGGCAAAUGGGUGAGUAGGAUCCAACCCAUAAUGAGAAACAAAUUACUGGGAGACAUCAGUGACCUUUUUAGCACGUGGUACAUCUAUUUUUCAAAAGCAGUGAAAUCAGUUGUACAGACAGAUAAAGCCUGGUAUGGAUAGUAUUAAAAACAGUAUGAUUUUCAUAUAAUUAUAAGAAAUAUGUAGUAUUAUUCAAGAAAGAAAGUGUUACCUGAACCAUCUUCCCCUGUUCAUCACUGGAUCCAAGCCAACUGUUUGCUUUUUAACAAACCGGGGUGUUUGUUUAACUGCAGCAGGCAGCCCAGUGGAAUAGCAGGAUUAAAUUGAACAGACAUCAACAUAAUUUAUUUGGUUUUUAUUUAAAAUUAAAAAUCCUGUGGGUCAAGUUGAGAGCCAAUCAAAAAGAAGGCUUCCUUAUCCAUUCAAUUGCUCUUCACUGCUGCCUGUGUAUAAUUGUAGUGCUGCUAAAUAACUGAUCAUAACAAUUCGACAUGCAGCUUUGACAACAAUAAAAACAAAGAUCAGUUUUUAAAAAUCCAACCUUAAAAUGUUUUAAAAAUUAAAUAUUGAUUUGGUAGUGGACAGCAUAACUUUUUCCCCCUUGAAUUGUAUCAGCCUUUUUAUGGACUCCCCAUAACAGGGACCAUUUGCCUUUUUUUUCUGGAUAGCAAACUAGCAUUCGGGUGACAAGGGAUGAUAAUAACUCCUUGAGAUUAAAAGAGUACCAUUUGGGCAGUAAAUCUUCAAUUUGUUCUGCUCUGUUCAGUGCCUUAGAGUGAACAGAACCUUACUAUAUCAACCCUCUUGCUUUUCUCUUUGCAAGACCUAGUGAUAUAAAAUAAGGAGCCCAGAGGCAUUUUAAAGACUGACAACAUCUAUUCCAGCAUGAACCUUCACGGGUCAGAGCUCAUUUUGUCAAAAACAUGAAGAGUUCAUCCGUAAGGUAGAACAUUAGGCAAAGGGGUCUGCAA